CUUGCAACAUUACAUAUCGCAUUUUUCUUGUGACUAACGUCACAUCGAAUAAUUCUAUUUGUUUCAGAUUUUUAUGGAAGCAAAGGAAAUAUCACAAUCAGAACUUGACUUCCUACUACGAUUUCCGUAUAUUCCCGAGUUAACAAGCCCUGUAGACUUUUUAACAGACGUCGGUUGGGGAGGGAUUAAAUAUUUGAGCCAAAUGGAGGAUUUUCAAAAUUUAGAAAAAGACAUAGAAGGUGCUGCGAAACGAUGGAAGAAGUUUGUAGAAUCAGAUACGCCGGAACGAGAAAGUUUCCCACAAGAUUGGAAAAAUAAAACUGCUCUGCAAAGAUUAUGCAUUAUGAGGUGUCUUAGACUGGAUCGUAUGACUUACGCGAUUAGGUAUGUUCCUGUCAUAUUAACUCACUUGAUACUUCACGUUACAAUACAAAUCCUAGGAAUUUAUUUUUUCAAUUAUAUCUUACUUGAAUCAUGUUAUUCCUAUAGAAUUUCUGCGACGUCGUUUUUUAUUCUAAUGUCCUUUUUAUUGAGCCAUCACGAGCUAUCAUUAUCAAGCACAUUCCUUAAACCCAGGUUAAUGAGUACAUCAUCUGCUAUCUAUGUACAGCAUACAAUCAUCAUAACCUGUUUCGGCCGUAAUCACAGUUUCAGCAUUUGUUUAAGAGUUUCAUUAGUAUCCAACCAUUGUCCAGAUUGUGUACGAUUACGGUCUACUAAAAUAGCCUCUUGACUGCGAAGGUGAGUGUCGCAGAUUACCAAUAAACCGUACUUUCCUAGAAAAUGG